AUGUCGUAUGCUCCACCCCACUUUUCCUGGGUUACUGAACAUGUAGCUGGAUUUGCAUUUCCCGCCCUGAGAGAAAAUUUAGAUUAUUUGGUUAACAAGGCCCAUAUUACUCAUCUGAUCACACUCUGUCGGGAAAAGCCAGAACACAUUGAGGACUUCCCAUCCCUUCACCAUCACUACCAUCCAGUCGGCGGAUUUACCGAAGAUGAUCUGGAUUUGGUAAAGGAAAUAGUCGACAUUAUGGUAGAUGCCGAGUCAAAAAAUGAGAAAUCCGGUGUUCAUUGUCAAAUGGGCAUGGUGCGAACCGGCACGAUUCUGGCCGCGUACUUGGCAAAUAAGAACAAGGUAGAUGGGAUUACUGCGACCAAACAGUUGGGGAAACUUCGACGGAAGUCGCUUGUGGAGGGCACUGACGCAGAAGUUGUCCGCCUCUACGCCGAAUCUCUGGGGUAUAGCUGA